CAGUGUACCUGGCUUCGGGCUCCUCGCUGGAGACUUCUGGCUGAGAUCCGCAGCCCCAGCGGAUUGGAUGGAUUCUGAAGGCGGGCCCGCCUCUUUCCUACUUGCUGGUUGGCGAAGCUGACCUCCAAGGGCGGUGCCGCGCCGGGGCCAGUUUGCUCCUGGGAUUGGCUGAUGCGGUGGUUCCGCCGAGGCGUGGUAGGAAGUGCUAGCCGUCAAUCACGAGGGAGACUCCAAACAGUGAGCCUGGAGCUGGAGAACAGCGUUUACCGGCGGAGCGGCCGGUCUCAUGAAUGAAACAAUGGCUACAGAUUCUCCUCGGAGACCCAGUCGUUGUACUGGUGGAGUCGUCGUCCGCCCUCAGGCCGUCACGGAGCAGUCCUACAUGGAGAGCGUCGUGACUUUUCUGCAGGAUGUUGUGCCACAGGCUUACAGUGGGUCUCCCCUGACAGAAGAAAAGGAGAAGAUAGUCUGGGUCAGAUUUGAGAAUGCAGAUCUGAAUGACACAUCACGGAAUCUAGAAUUUCAUGAACUGCAUAGCACUGGAAAUGAGCCUCCUCUGCUGGUUAUGAUCGGCUACAGUGAUGGAAUGCAGGUCUGGGGCAUCCCUAUCAGCGGGGAAGCCCAGGAGCUCUUCUCUGUACGACAUGGUCCAGUCCGAGCAGCUAGAAUCUUGCCUGCUCCACAGUUGGGUGCUCAAAAGUGUGAUAACUUUGCUGAGAAAAGACCUCUUCUUGGUGUUUGUAAGAGCAUUGGAUCUUCAGGCACGACACCACCAUACUGCUGUGUGGAUCUGUAUUCACUCCGUACUGGGGAAAUGGUCAAGUCCAUUCAGUUUAAAACACCCAUUUAUGAUCUUCACUGUAAUAAGCGGAUCCUCGUCGUAGUCUUGCAGGAGAAAAUUGCUGCCUUUGAUAGCUGUACUUUCACAAAAAAAUUUUUUGUCACAAGUUGUUAUCCUUGUCCUGGGCCAAACAUGAAUCCCAUUGCUCUUGGGAGCCGCUGGCUUGCUUAUGCAGAAAAUAAGCUGAUUCGCUGUCACCAGUCCCGUGGAGGAGCCUGUGGAGACAACAUUCAGUCUUACACUGCCACUGUCCUUAGUGCUGCUAAAACACUGAAAAGUGGCCUGACGAUGGUUGGGAAAGUGGUAACUCAACUGACAGGUACACUGCCCUCAGGGGUGACAGAAGAUGACGUUGCCCUACACUGCAACUCAAGACGGAGCCCCUUGGUUCCAGGCAUCAUCACAGUCAUAGACACUGAGACGGUUGGAGAGGGCCAGGUGCUUGUAAGUGAGGACUCAGACAGUGAUGGCAUUGUGGCCCACUUCCCUGCCCACGAGAAGCCAGUAUGCUGUAUGGCUUUUAAUACUAGUGGAAUGCUUUUAGUCACAACAGAUACUCUUGGCCAUGACUUUCAUGUCUUCCAAAUCCUGACUCAUCCUUGGUCAUCAUCACAGUGUGCUGUCCAUCAUCUGUACACACUUCACAGGGGAGAGACCGAGGCCAAAGUUCAGGACAUCUGUUUCAGCCAUGAUUGUCGUUGGGUGGUGGUCAGUACCCUCCGGGGUACGUCCCACGUUUUCCCCAUCAAUCCUUAUGGUGGCCAGCCUUGUGUCCGAACACACAUGUCACCACGAGUAGUCAAUCGCAUGAGCCGUUUCCAGAAAAGUGCUGGGCUGGAAGAGAUUGAACAAGAGCUGACAUCUAAGCAAGGCGGCCGCUGUAGUCCUGUUCCAGGCCUGUCCAGCAGCCCUUCUGGCUCCCCACUACAUGGGAAGCUGACCAGCCAAGACUCUUACAAUAACUUUACCAACAACAACCCUGGCAAUCCCCGGCUUUCUCCCCUCCCCAGCUUGAUGGUAGUGACGCCUCUUGCACAAAUCAAACAGCCAAUGACAUUGGGGACCAUCACGAAGCGAACAGGGCCUUAUCUCUUUGGAGCGGGGUGUUUUUCCAUAAAGGCUCCAUGCAAAGUUAAACCACCUCCACAAAUUUCUCCAAGCAAAUCGAUGGGCGGCGAGUUUUGCGUGGCUGCAGUGUUUGGGACUUCCAGGUCAUGGUUUGCAAACAACGCUGGCCUGAAAGGGGAAAAAGAUCAAUCCAAACAAGUUGUAGUUGAAUCUCUUUACAUCAUCAGCUGCUACGGGACCUUAGUGGAGCACAUGAUUGAGCCCCGGCCGAUCAGUACUGCUCCCAAGAUAAGUGACGACACACCACUGGAGAUAAUGACGUCACCGCGUGCCAGCUGGACACUUGUUAGAACGCCUCAGUGGAAUGAACUGCAGCCGCCAUUCAAUGCGAAUCACCCUCUGCUCCUCGCUGCAGAAGCAGUGCAGUAUUACCAGCUCCUGCUGGCCGGCUCUCUUCCCCCUGGAAGUCCUGGCCCCAUUACUCGACAUGGGUCCUAUGACAGCUUAGCCUCUGACCAUAGUGGACAGGAAGAUGAAGAAUGGCUUUCCCAGGUUGAAAUUGUGACACAUACCGGACCCCAUAGGCGCCUGUGGAUGGGCCCACAAUUUCAUUUCAAAACCAUCCAAUCCUCAGGACAGACCACAGUCUCAUCAACUAGUUCUUCUGUGUUGCAGUCGCAUGGACCUAGCGACACACCACAGCCGCUCUUGGACUUUGAUACGGAUGAUCUAGAUCUUAACAGCCUCAGGAUCCAGCCUGUCCGCUCUGACCCAGUCAGCAUGCCAGGGUCAUCCCGUGCUGUCUCUGAUCGAAGGGGAGUUUCCACAGUGACCGACGCUGCCUCAGGUACCUUUGACCGGAGCGUGACCCUGCUGGAGGUGUGCGGGAGCUGGCCCGAGGGCUUCGGGCUGCGGCAUAUGUCCUCCAUGGAGCACACAGAGGAGGGCCUCCGGGAACGGCUUGCAGAUGCCAUGGCCGAGUCACCAAGCCGAGACGUUGUGGGAUCUGGAACAGACACAGCCCUUGACGUAGCAGUCAAAAUCAGCACCCCCGAGAGACCCAUGGCUGUGAAGUGUUUGGGGAAAAAAAAAGGAAAAAAAAAACAAUGCCAACAGCCCAGCGUGCGUGAACAGCCCAACAGUAACAAAGCGUGCGUUCGAGACGGAGGAAGAACUUCAGCGAGAGGGAAGCAUCGAGACUCUGAGUAACAGCUCAGGCUCCACCAGUGGCAGCAUCCCAAGAAACUUCGAUGGCUACCGAUCUCCGCUCCCUACCAACGAGAGCCAGCCGCUCAGCCUCUUCCCCACGGGCUUCCCCUAGGCACCAGCCACCUGCUUCUGACUGGCUGGCCCGCUCACCCCUAGAGGGACUGACUGGGAGGGGGGAGUACCCCCAUCUCCCUACACCACCACCACCACCCCGUCCCGCACGCCUCUGGUCCCACCCUUUUCAGUCUCCUCAAUCCCACCUUCCCUAAGCUUAGUGACAACAGCUGUUCAUCCCUAACUGGACGAGAAGAGACCUUCAGAACACCUUGGUACACCCUGACCUCCCCCACUCCUGUCAGUGGGGGCUGUGGCCCAAAGAGACUGCAGAAACUCAGUCCCUUCUCUCUUUGCACACAACAUCCCGCACUGGAUCCGCUUUUGUAUUUUCUAACUACUCACAGGGGACUGGAACAGGGGCCAGAUCUUAGGAUCUCUGGUAGGGGAGAGUUGAAAGAUCCAGCCAAGCAUUUUGAUGGACAUCAGCCCUAACCUAGUUCAGGCUGCAUAUUGCCCCCAGGUACCCCUGCUCAGUUCUAAAACAGGAGUGAACUGAGACCUAGAGCGAUAGGGAGGAAGAAGGAAAGAGGCCUCCCCUUGCCCCUUGCUUCCCUGUUGGCUCAUGGGGAGAUUUGUCUGUCUUAUCUUUAAGCCCUUGUCCCCUGGUCCUGUACUGUUCCAUGAAGGGAAGUGCAGUUACCGAGGCCGUGUCAAAAGUGCACGUCUUGUCCAAUAAAUCUCGCUGCAAUUGGUGUUCA